GCGCAACUUUGCAGGUCGGCAGCAAAUUUUGGUAAAUUUUCGUUGGUGUUGGUGGCGGAAGGAUGGACAAAUUUCUCUUGAAAAACUCACAGGAUGGACAAGACAGCAGCAUUGAGGCAAUUGAGGAGGACAACCAGCUAGCAAAAAGGCAGCGAGUCGGAAGAUCAUCGGUGUGGGGCCAUUUCGAAAAAAUAAACAACGGUAUGUCGGCAAAGUGUUGCUCUUGCGGCAAAAUGUAUAAGACGAGCGGAAAUACCUCAAAUUUAUUUGACCACCUGAAGCGUGCGCAUCCCGGUCAGCGUGUUAACGAUUUGCCAAUCACUUCUGGUAAAAUAGAUACAUAUUUAAACACAACAUAUGAAUCUACGUCAAAGCGCAAACAAGAGCUUGAUUUAGGACUCAUAAAAUUUGUAGCUCAAGGCAUGCAACCUUUUUCUAUAGUUGAGGAUCCUGAGUUCCGCGACUUUAUCAAACUAUUCGACCCACGCUACAAACUACCGUCGCGGACUACCCUCUCUAAUGUCAUGAUGACAAAUUUAUUUGAUGAGCAGAAACCUAAAUUAAAAAAUUUGCUCAGCAAAAUAAAUCACUGUGCCAUCACAACUGAUAUGUGGACGUCCCUGGCAAAUGAAUCUUAUAUGACAGUCACAUGCUCGUUUAUUACAGAUAGUUACUGUCUUCGCUCUGCUGUUUUAUCAACAAAUAAGCUAAUUGAUGAAACAAAUCAUACUGCUAAGAAUAUAGCAGAUACCCUGCAGGCUGCUUGCAACGAAUGGGGAAUUUUUGAUAAAAUAACUGCAAUUGUGACCGAUAAUGCAAGCUCAAUGAUCAAAGCGUGUGAGCUGCUUAAAAAAAGGAAUUUACCCUGCUAUGCACACUCACUUAAUUUGGUGGUGCAAGAUUGCCUUAAGCUGGAUUGCACAAAAGAAUUACUUAAAAAAUGCAAGUCCAUUGUCGCGUUUUUUAAAAGUAGCACGAUUGCUUACAAGAAAUUUAAAGAUUCUCAAUUGACGGAAACUAAAUAUAGUCUAAUACAGGAAGUUGCCACCAGAUGGAACAGUGCAUUCCUAAUGAUUGAAAGAGUCUUAAAAACACAUGAAGCAAUCAAUAUAACACUUCUAAGUUUGUCGAAAGCGCCACAGCCUCUCACAGCUGACGAAAUCAACAUAUUAAAAGACUUGUCACAAAUACUUUCUCCCUUUGACAUUGCUUCCAAAGAAGUGUCAUCGAAUUCUAAAGUCACAGUAUCACUAGUUAUUCCAGUUACUUGUGGCCUCUUAAACAACUUGGAAAAUAGCACAAAAAAUCUUCUUACCGAAGUUGGCCUUAAAGUAAACGAAUUUUUAAUUGAUUGCGUAAUUAAAAGGUUUGAAAAACAAGGUUUCCGUUCGCAAUACAAUGCCAAAAAUGCUGAAAAACUUUUAAUUGAAGAACUUAUUCAUCUGAGCAAGUCUUCAGCUCCCACCUCAAAGCCACCAACACCAAUUGAUCAACCAAAACCAACACGACAUCCUCUUUAUGAAUUUGUAAAAAUCAACAUAGAAAAUUUGCCUAGGACCAAGCGCUCCGAUGCAAUAAUUGAUUUACAACAAUAUAUUGGGAAACAUCACUCCUUGGGCGAUGUUGAUCCCCUCAAAUAUUGGCAGCAUAACGAAAAUAGUAUAAAAGACCUUACUACGAAAUAUUUUUGCAUUCCUGCUUCAUCGACAGAGUCGGAGCGAUUGUUCAGCAAAGCUGGACAAAUUAUAACGGAACGAAGAGCUGCCUUAAAAGCUAAGCAUGUGGACAUGCUCCUUUUUCUUAGUCACAAUUCUCGGAUCUUGGCAGAAGACUGA